GCCUCCGCCCCCUCCCUUUCAUCUUCCCUUCCCCGGCGCUGCUUCCUUUCACGCCAGACUCCCGGAGCCAGCGGAGGAGCCGGCAGCUCUCUGGCCGCGGGUUCGAAUCCCAGGGAGAGAAAUUGGGGGAGAAGCUAGAAAGGGGUCCGGGGAGUGAGUCUUGGCGGGUCCCUGGCGCCUGACCGGCGGCUGUCUGCUCCUUCCUUGGCUGCAGGGCGGCGAAUGGCCCACCAGCCCAGCCCCAGGAGCUGCAGCAGCAGCAGCCGGGGCCCUCCAGCCUGCGAGGCCCUGCAGGGCGGCAGCGGCGAGCCCCCCAUGAAUGUCUCCAUCCAGACCACCACCGGCGCCCGCUAUGAGCUGGCCCUGCCCCUGGAAGAGACGGUGGAAGGGCUGAAGAGGCGCCUCUCCCAGCGGCUCAAGGUCCCCAAGGAGCGCCUGGCUCUCCUCCACAAGGAAAGUCGCCUUAGUUCGGGGAAAUUGCAAGACCUGGGAGUCAGCGAAGGAAGCAAGCUGACCUUGGUCCCCACCGUGGAAGCUGGCUUGAUGUCUCAAGCUUCCAGACCAGAACAGUCCGUGAUGCAAGCAUUGGAAAGUUUAACAGAAACUCAGGUAAAUGACUUCCUGUCGGGGAGGUCCCCUUUGACGCUUGCUCUCCGUGUCGGGGACCAUAUGAUGUUCGUCCAACUCCAGCUGGCAGCUCAGCAGAACGGCGGGCAACUCCAGCACCGUCACAUGGUCGCCAACCGUGGAGAGCAGCCCGGGACAGCCAGUGCCCCAACGACGUCCCUGCCAGCUGCUGGGCCAGCGCCUUCCGCUUGCCGUACACCUCACAGUGCCACUGGCCCCACCUCUGGUUUUGCCCGGGUCCCUACCAUGCCUGCUUGCCAGCCGAGUCCCACAGCCUCCCCUUCGCCUGCCGCAGCCACGCCCAUGUACUGUAGCUCUGCCCAUCCCACGCCAGUCACGGCGGGCAUGUUCCGGUCACACGGCACCAGCACACAAGCAGUCAAUGGCCCCAGCAGUGGGAGCAUGGUUUCGUCAUGUUCGGAGGUGGACUGUGCAGCGCGAAGUAACAGUUCUCCCAGCCCAGCUCAGCCUUCCCGGACCCGCAAACCUGGUGCUGUGAUCGAAAGUUUCGUUAACCAUGCCCCUGGUGUCUUUUCGGGAACAUUCUCUGGCACAUUGCACCCGAAUUGCCAAGACAGCAGCGGACGGCCACGCCGGGACAUUGGCACCAUCCUCCAGAUCCUCAAUGACCUCUUGAGCGCCACACGACACUACCAGGGUAUGCCCCAGUCGCUGGCGCAGCUGCGGUGCCAGACCCAGUGCUCCCUCUCAUCCUCACCACCCUCUUCCCCGGAUCUUGCCAGCAACACUACCUCAGAGAAAAUGGCCACUGUUGCGAACCAGCCCUUGCAUUUGGGUCCUCCAUGUACGGGCCAAGGAGCCACCUGCAAGCCUGUUGGUGAUCGCUUGCGACAGACGGAAAACCGCGCCACACGCUGCAAGGUGGAACGCCUCCAGCUCCUGAUGCAGCAGAAGCGGCUACGCCGGAAAGCCCGACGGGACGCCAGGGCCCCGUACCAUUGGCUACCGAACCGCAAAUCUAGCCGGACCAACAGCGAUAGUAGUGUCUCCAGUGAAGGCAGCCUUGACCUGGACUUCGAAGACUCGGUGUGGAAGCCCGAAGUCAAAGCGGACAUGAAAUCAAAUUUGUCGUAGCAUAAAAACAGAAAAAUAGCGAACCUCAGAUUUUGGGGUGGGGGGGAAGAAGCAUUGGGGGAGGAUGGGGAAGGGUAUUGAAAAAUGAAAAAAGACUGUUUAGUAAUAAUACUUUUUUUUUGGUCCAUGAGAGCAAAGGAGGGUGUUUUUUUCUCCUGGGUGCUUGAUUCUAAAAGACUUGGUUGCUGUGGAUUUUCCAAGUGGACCUCUUGUUCGGAUGUAUUUAGUUGGAUGAGACACCCUUUUUGGAACAGUAUUUUGUAUUAUUUUCCCCACCUGAAACUCUGCUCUGGUUUUAUUUUAAGAACUGAAAACAGCUGGGAGAGGGUUUGCUAUCGAGCGAGCCAGCAAAGUUUCUUUCCCAGGAAGAGAACUCGAAAGGAAGAUGGUAUAAACGCUUCUUAUUUAAAAAGGAAAAACACACUGGCGGUUUGAGGGCGUGGGUUUUUUUGCGGUUUAAGAAGGAGGAUUCUUCAAACACAGCUGCCUUAGAUGACGUGCGGAAGAGAAGACGAACCUCGGGGAGGGGGAACACGAAGUGGACUUGAGACACGUGGAACUAGGAGGGACGAUGAGGACUUGAAAUCUCCCCUGGUGUCCUGAUUUUUGGUUUAUUUUCAGGCUGGGAGGGGAGCGCAAGGCUUGAGGAUGGGGGGCUAUACUGGUGUGUCAAAAAGCUGCUUCCUUUCCUGUGAAAUCGGUGAGGAUGUACGUUUUUAAGAAAAACUGGAGGCAGACAGAAAUGCUUGAAGCUUUCUCCUCUUUUUUUAAAAAAUAAUUUUUUAAAAACAUUUUUGGUGACUUCUACGUUAACGGGAAGCACUGUGCAUUCUUCAGGCUGAAAGUUUUGGGGGGGACCCAGAUCCGAGGUGGAUGGGGUGGGUGGUUUCAAGAGAUAGAUUUGAGGGUGUGUGAGUGUCAGUGUGUCUAUCUGUCUCUCUUUCUCUUCCUUUCCCCCCCAGAUAUGUAGCAUUUCUCACAAUCUCAGUCUCUCGAGCCAAAAAGGUCCCCCUCACCUUUCUCUCCUCCUCCUCCUGCUGAUAAUUCUUUCCAUUUUUUUUUUCAUCUGGAGAAUCCGCGUGCACUUUAUAGGAAGUGUAAGUUGGCGAAGUGACACAGACUCAAAACAUUUUGGAUUUCCCCCAAAAUUUACUCAAAGGAGAAAGGAUGGCACUGGAGGGGGAGAAGAGGUGGGGAGAUGUAGCAUCGGGAAGGGAUGCUCUACAAGCUCAACUUUCAGCGUCCUCUCUUACUUUGAAUUUGUACGUCUCUGAUGCAGUUAUGGUGACAUAUUCCAAGAGGAACCUGUGCAUUAAAGCGGUUACCAAGUUUUGCUAGAGAGGUUACCAAGUUUUGCUGUUUUAAAAUAAUAAACUUUUUUUUAAGUUGGAAAAAAA